CAAUGCACUUCGCAGUAUUUAUGUUGUGACGGAGAGGAAGAAGUUGUGUACUAGUGUUGUUCUGUUGUAAUCCGUGGAGGAAGAGUUAGGGAUAUUUAAAGUGGAGAAGAUGGGAAGUAUAGGGACCAACAUAACGCGAACAACGGGGAAAGGGAAAAGUAAAGCAGCAUUGCGUGCAGGACUACCGAGAAAUGUUAGGAGUAUGAGCAAGGAGGUCCUUGAAGCAACGUUGCAGAAAAAGAGAGAAUGUAAUGCAAAAGCCCAAAAAAUAGUUGAGAGUUUACUGGAGAAAGAUAUCAAUGAAGAAUGGUUCGUCGGCUGUUUGAAAUUUAUUAGUGAUACCCACUUUCAAGAUGUAGUUGAAGAAAGGGCAAUCACUAAACUUUGCGGAUACCCUUUGUGUAAUGGUAUUUUGAAGAACAUUCCAAAUCAACAAUAUAAAAUAUGCACAACACAGAAUAAAGUUUAUGACUUAACGGAAAGAAAGAACUUCUGCAGUAAUCAUUGUUACAAGGCAGCAAAAUAUCUAAAGGAUCAGCUUCUGACAAGUCCACUUUGGCUGCGUGACAAAGAAGAAAUUCCACAGUUCAAGCUGUUGUCAAUGAGUAAAUCAAGUGGAGUGGUUGGAGAUGAGGUACACUUUCAACAAGAAAGUCUUGUGGAUGAAAUAACACAAUUGAAAGAUGACAACUCCAAAAAUUUAAGUGCUAUAUUAACAGAAUCUGAAAUAAAUGCGGGAUUACAAAACACUACAAAUGAACAUGUAUGUGUAAUGAAGACAGAAUUUAAUGAAAUUCUCUCUGAAAGUAGUAAAAAUCUCAAUUUACCUUCAGAAAGCAAUGGAAAUGUAUCUAAGGCAAGUGUAAAUGCGAAUGAGUAUGCUAGAGAUAAUGAAAUUAAAGAGGAGGAUAUAUUGGAACAGGCUGAAAGAGUAACACUGACAAAAAAUGAGUGUAGUGGUGUUGAAAUUCAAAGUGGUUUGGAUUAUCAUAGCCUCGGUGCUGAAAUGGAAAGUUUGAAGGAGAAAAAAACAACUUCAGAAGAUAAUAAAGACGCUGUAAAGAAGAAAAACACAAAUAUUCGGAAAAAAGAGAAAAAGGAAAGUUUAGAUAAACAUUCAGCAACCAAAGUACAUAUUAAUAAACAAGAAGAAGCUCCUUUAACAACACUGCUGGUUGAGAAGUGUGUACGAGAAUGGUUUACACUUGACUCAAUGUACUUUCUUUUUGGUGAGGAGAGAAUGAAGGAAAUGGUUGCAGACAAGGAUAUAACUCAUUACUUCAAACCUACUGAGAGUGAUUCUUGGGAUCCAGGUAUGCGAGAGCGUUACAUUGCUAUAUGCAAGAAACUCAAUUUAUUGGAACUGGAAGAUAUUAAUUAUGAUAAUAAAAUUACCAAGGAGAAUAAGGAGCUGAGACCACUACCAGAGUAUUCCAGUAUUAAGGAAGAGGGACUGAAAAUGCAGUUGAAGGUUAGGGCAUUUUUUGCUGGAAAAACUGCCUACGAGGACUCUUCAGUUGAAGAUAGUUCACAAGAAAAUGAAUCCAGUGGAAAUUCUAUCCCACUGGUUGAUCUGCAUUCAAAGAAUGCUCUUCGCAGGAGAAUAGUGUUGGACCGCUUCAAUAGAAUCUUACCCGACCUGUUAUCAACAUUUGGAAUAUCAUCCCGUGACAUAAGUGAUGACCUACGUAGCCUUGUAUUCAGCUUUUGCCUGUCGGCUCACAACAUAACUUUCAAGCCAACAGAAUGGAACUUGUUGGGUCUAAUUGUGUUAAAAAUGCUGUCACUCAGGGACAAGCGGAUCAAGGCUGUGUUAGAAACUGAACAGUCGAAGAAGUACAUGACUAUGAUGCUGAUGGUUUUCCAAGAAGAUGCUGGAUAUCUGGAGAGACUUGUGGCCUGGUUGAUGGAUAUUGACUAUCUUUUACAACAGCAUAGUGGCAGAACAGGGAGUUGAAAUUGUUGGAAUACAACUGGUCAACAGGAAGCACCUCUUCACAGCACUAAGGGACUGUAGACCUUGGCAAGUGACAUAAAUUUCAACUUAAUACAUCUACCCAUUCCUGAGAAAAAGGGUUCUUAACAGUCAGUCGGUCAAUCGGACAGAUGGACAGACAGCGAAGUGAUGCUACAGGGGUUCCUUUUUAACUGUUUGAAGCACCAAACCCUAAAAAAGAAUAGUUCAAGUGAGAUGCAGAACAACAAAGAAUUAAAAAAUAUUGACCCUAAACCAACUGAAAAAUUGGCUUCGUAUAUUCCCAAAAGGCUGAAAGUAGCUGUAAAACAAAAGGACUAUAUCAUGAUAUUAGAGUUUUGUGCAUUUCAGCUGUGCCCAGUGGUAAAACAUGGUUUAAUUUUACAUGACAUGGACAGUAAAUAUUUGUAAUUUACUUUGUCUUACUUCUACAUAGCAUAUAAUAAAUGUCAGUGUAAAGAUGGAUGAUAUUGAAGUUACACAGACUUUCACAUGUUGUGUAAAUAAAAAUACCUGUUCUUAAGUUGGAAAUGUAUUUAUCUGAACAGCUUUGUUAAAAUGGUUGUGCUUAAACAUCACUGCUGUUGUGUAACAAUAAGCCUGUAAAAACCUCAAUAUGACUUUUACUAUAUAUUUCUGGUACUCCACUGUAUGGUCAUUAUUUUAUUAUGGACUAUUCUGUGCUAUUAAUACAACAAAAAUGAACAAAAAGAGAAAAUUUUUGUUAAUACAGAGAUGUUCAAAUUAUUAGGCUCAAGUUCCGUACAAGAGAAAAGACAAUACUGUAAUGUAUAGCUGAGAUAACUUGGAAUUGAAACAGUUAUUAUUCAAUGUGCAUUUUAUUAUUCUUUGCUUUCAUAUUAUCUUCUUUACCAUUCUUCUUAUUUGCCCAGUUUUCACAAAAUUUUUGUACUGAAACAUCAUUAUGCCUUUGUUAUAACUGCAGAUUCCGUGAGUUUCCUGUUCACAAUGGCCCAUUAUUUUUCUGUGAGGUUCAUUGAGGACCCUCCAAUUAAAUCUUUAACCUGCUCACAGUCUUCUGCAAAAUCUUCAGUCUGUUUGCUCUUUCUCAGCAAGUGUACUUUCUUUCAUUGAGAAACAGUAAAAUACUUGUGACUUUUCUGGUUAAAAUACCUUUUGUCUUAUCCAUAACCCCAAAAGUAUGAACAAUUACGCAUCUGCUUCCUCUGUACCAAAGUAAAAAAUGAUGUGAUAAAGGAACAAAAUAAUUACACAAUCAAGGAAAUACUUAUAACAUUUCUGAAGCUAAAAAAAUUAAGCUUUGAUUGACACCACUGUGUGACAGUCAACUGGAAUACACGACAUAAUAGUAAGUGAAGUGUCAGUUACAUGAAUAGUCUCAUUUUCACUAGCAAAAGUUAACCUCUAAACCACAGUUUCUUCAACUUUUCUGUUAGUGACGCCUUUCGUGCAGACAUUUUCGAUGAUCCCCCCACUCCCAGCUACAAAUGUAAUUCCUAGUAAUUUUAUACAAAAAUAACCAGUGUACCAGUUCCUAUGCUUUUUUUUCCCCCCAUUAACACUACUCCAAUGCAGCAGAUGUGGUUGCAUUUGUGUAACACAAUUAUUGUACCUUGACC